UUUCAUUACUAACUUCUUAAUCAUGGCAGACGUCGUUUUCUUUGAACCACGAAAGGGGAACGUGUUUGUGACUUCUGGCGGAUCGACAAAGCAACUCUCCAACCAAACCAAUAGGAGAGUGGCGUACAAGUUCGUUUUUCCACCGGACUCCAGCUUUUUUGCUAAACCUGAGCAAAUGUACGGUUUCGUGCCUAAAGGAGGAAAGAUCAGCGUAACACUUUACAGAAAGCCAGGAAAAGGGACUACAGAAAAAAUGAAAAUUCAAUUUGCCGCAGUCGAUGAAGCCGCUAGAGACCCACAAGCAAGCUUUGCUACAGGGAGCCCAAUGGGAGAAUUUGCAGGAGAAACGGAUGUUACCCUAGUAGGCACAGAAUGAAUGAAAUGAUGAUGUUGACAGGAGUGAAUAAAGCCC